AUGAACGCCGUUGCCAACACCACGGCGGCUCUCUGCUCAGUCUUCACACUGAUCUUCGGAGGAUCGCCGCUGAUCUUCAGCCCCGCGCCACGCGGUGACUGUGUCAAUUGCUGCGCAAUUCGCGAGCCGAAGGACAUCAGAUUCCUCCUGUACACGCGGGACAAUCCCACCACGCCCGAUCAUCUCUACGUGUCGGACGAGAAGAGGCUCAUGGCGUCGCAUCUCAACACCGCCAAUCCGCUGAUUCUCUAUUUGCACGGCUUCUCGGAACAGGCGCCUGGAGACACUGGCCAGAGCUCCUUCGAGGUGCGCCAGGCCUUCCUCGAGAUGGGCGACUACAACGUGAUCCUCGUCGACUGGCGAUCGCUCACAGCGCUGCCCUGGUACGUCACUUCAGUGCAGAACGGUCCGCGCGUUGGACGCUACAUUGCGAGAUUCGUGAGAUUCCUCAUCAAGACCGGGGGAGUGGAUUUGGAGAAAGUUCACGUGAUUGGAUUCAGUCUGGGUGCCGAAGUGGCUGGAUUUAUUGGAAAGAUCCUCAAAACAUGGGGACUCUUCUUGCCACGAAUUACAGGUCUCGAUCCGGCAUUUCCCGUCUACAUGUUCAUGGGAAGCUCAGAUCGCCUCAGUGCCUCGGACGCACGCUUUGUGGAUGUGAUUCACAGCGACGGCGGCAUCUUGGGCUUCCCUUGGCCACUCGGCGACGCGGACUUCUUCCCCAACGAGGGCGUGCCGCUGCAGCCGGGCUGCGCGCGCGAGGAGAUCUCCAAGAACCGCUGGGUGGGCAUCUUCGUAGGCUGCAGCCACCAGCGCGCCUGGCAGUACUUCGUGGAGUCCAUCCGGCGCCCGAAGGCCUUCCUGGCCACCAAGUGCGAGAAGUCCAGUCAGAAGGUGAAGGGCAAGCCGAAGCUGGAGAGUUGCGACAGGAACAUCACAGCUUACAUGGGUCUGCAUGCCGAUCAUCGUCUGCGGGGCCGCUUCUUCCUCACCACCAACGACGAGCCGCCGUUCGGCAGGAAUUUUCCACUUUAGUCUCCACCACGGCGCUGCUCCAGCCGCAACGGUUACCUUAGUACAAUUCAAUUUCCGUCCAGAUGCUAUUUAUGUCUCUU